AUGUCUCACAAUAUUGAUCAACUCGCAAAAGACUGCGGUAAAUGUUUUGAACGCCUAGAAGAACAACUGGGAUACUCGACUAUCGCUUCUAUUAGCAAAUAUAAUAAAUAUGUCGGAUUCAAGAACUUGCAGAGUCGAUUCACUCGAUGGAAGAGAAAUGCUGGAGCAGAUUCACUUCAACAAGAUUUACAUAAUAACACACGUAUCAGGUCUCAAGUUAUUCGGCUCUUGAGCCAUAUUCGGAGACUACUUGAAGAUGCCCUCGCAAUCACCGUCGGAUCCCAGGUACCCUGGGAUCAGAUUGAAGAAGAAGAAGAGGAGGACUCUCAGUCAGAAGAAGAGGGGCAAUCAUGGGAAAUUUCUCCAGAAACGGAGAUUGAACAGAUUCUGGCGCAUAUAGCCGAUUCUAUCGACGAUCUCUCAUAUCUUGGUGCGGCAUUGAGAGACACAUUAACGAAUGACCGGAAUACGGAUGAGACAUCCCGAUUUGAGCCCUUCGAUGUUCAGUACGUUCUCUCGAAGUACCCUGUGACGGAUAAGGUCAUAGCAGAGCGUCUUGGGAACGCCAUCUCAGCCAGGCGACAACGUUUUCAGAAUCAACAAUCGACAGAGCAGAGCAGUCACCAUUCAAAAGGCUCACUGGCAGAUGAGCCAACAUUGGAGGCGCUCAUCAGUCAGCUUGAUCUAGAAGACUUGACCUACUGGGGAACUGAGCGUAAGGGACUCUUGGAUGAGAAUUCUUCUGAAACCUCAUCCGUAGCCUCUGAAGAUUUACAAGCUCCCAGAAUUCCUCCCUUGCCACAGAGAGCCACUGAUGAGAGGCCGAUUAGAUGCCCCUGUUGUCAACAGAUGAUAAGGGUAUUGUCAACGAAAGACUGGAAAAAACAUGUUUAUAGAGAUCUGCGCCCAUACAUCUGCUUGGAGCACGACUGUUCCGCGCCUCAUCAUCGCUAUGCUCGCCAAAAGGAUUGGAUACACCACGUUCUCGAGGAACAUUGGAGAAUCUAUGCUUAUCCUUUCGGAUGUAACCUGGGAUUCACCUCAAGAAAUGGAUGCAGAGAUCAUCUCUCGCAAAAGCACGUCGAUCAAAGGCACCUUUCUGAGAUUGAGGAUUUAGUACAGCUCAGUACCGUGGGCAAGACAGAGAUUCCUGAUAAGACAACAUGUCCUCUGUGUAAGAAGCUUUUACAGAACAUAGAAACAUAUCGAAACCACAUUGGCCAACAUCAGAAGCAGCUCGCACUCCUUGCCAUUUCCCUCGAUCCUACCAUGGCAGAAGAAGCGUCGUUACAGCCCAGUGCAGAAACCGAAAUAGAUGAGCAUUACAUCGCAUCCCAAGACACUGAAACCUCUGAGAACGAGGGCCCUGUUUCAACGGACAAAGGCAAGAAAGUGGCCUCGACACUAGAUGAUUCGGGGCUGGGCGAACAGUCAGACACAUCCAAAAGCAAAUCCGAGUCCUUUCCAGGAGGAAGGGAGGAUCGCUGGGGAGGGCGAAGAAAGUCGGAAGGGAAAAGCUUCCCAGACAGCAGCAGCAGUAACCCAGGACGCUCAAGACGCGGAUUGAGCUGCUGGCAGUGCUGUAACUGUGACUGUGGAUGGAUGCGCUUAGAUAUCAAUCCAAGUUGUCCUCUCUGCGGAGUACCGCGGUGCGGUAGCUGCAUCUAUUGCUAG